AUGUCAAGCUCGGCCUUUCCUUUACUUCUAAUAAACCCUUGUAUAACAACCGGUAUGAUACCACACAAAAACACAACUACAUUAAUUUACAGCUCAAUCCUCCAAAAUUUAAAGUCAAUAAAGUAUGAUAUGCCAAAACAGGAUUCUCUGCAUAUGGAGAAGACAUUGUUAGACUUCGAACGGUUUAUUGAACAAAUGAUGAGGAACACCUAUGUACACAAAAAAUCAAUUAAAAACACCAAAUGA